AUGAAUUGGACUAGAGGAAAAACCAUAGGCCGUGGCUCAUCCGCCACCGUUUCGUCCGCCACGUGUCAUGACUCCGGCGAAACAAUCGCCGUGAAAUCUGCCGAGUUUCACCUGUCGGAGUUUUUGCAAAGAGAAGCCAAAAUCAUCUCAUCCCUAAAUUCUCCUUACGUCAUCGGAUACAGAGGAUGCGAAAUCACGAAAGAGCUCUACAACGAAGGAGAAACUACUUAUAAUCUUCUCAUGGAGUACGCACCAUACGGAACUCUGACCGACGUGGCGGUCAGGAACGGCGGUUUCAUCGACGAGACUCGGGUAGUGAAGUACACGCGCCAGAUACUUCUUGGUUUGGAGUAUAUUCAUCAUUCAAAAGGAAUCGUGCAUUGCGACAUUAAAGCAAGCAACGUGCUGGUCGGAGAUAACGGAGAUGCCAAGAUCGCUGACUUCGGAUGCGCGAAAUGGGUUGAAUCGGAAAUAAACGAGCCGGUUAGAGGAACACCAGCGUUUAUGGCUCCGGAGGUGGCGCGUGGAGAGAGACAAGGGAAGGAGAGUGAUAUUUGGGCGGUGGGGUGUACGAUGAUAGAGAUGGUUACCGGUUCUCCGCCAUGGAUUGGGGCUGAUUCGACCGACCCGGUUUCGUUUCUUUACCGGGUCGGGUAUUUGGGUGAGUCCCCUGAACUGCCUUCCUCGCUUACGGAACAAGCAAAGGAUUUUUUGGGAAAGUGUUUGAGAAAAGAUGCCAAGGAGAGAUGGACAGCGACUCAGUUGUUAAACCAUCCGUUCCUAAAAACCAAACAGAACACAGAACCGGAAUUGUUAACCGGUUGGGUCACGAACUCACCGACAAGCGUGACGGAUCAAAUGUUCUGGAGAUCAGUGGAAGAGGAGGACCAGGACCGUCCAAGCUGGUUGGAAUGUAGUCACGAGGACAGAAUUGGAGUGCUGAGCUGGAUUGGUCUGGUAAUGGUGGAUCCCACAUGGAACAUGGACGGUGAGGAUUGGAUCACGGUGCGACGGAAUAAUGAUUAG